UGCAUAAAUCACAUGGUCGAUAAAUCUGCUUGAAGGAGAGUUUCUGCGAUCUAACGCCAGUGGACAGCAUCGUACAGGCCACACAAUUUCAAGAUGGAUAACAUUUCAGUGUCAUCAAAUCGUAAAAUGUGUUCAGGUGAUAUGCUGACGUCAUACUUGUCAAAAUGGGGAUUCUCGAUCAAUCCGGCCAACGAAUCCCUCGCCUCAACCAGGACAUUUUUGACCGCCGGCAGAAAUGUUCUCUAUCAAACCGCCGGCAGAACGCAUGAUCAAAGGGGAGUGGUGACCUUUCGCGUCCUUAAGACGACAGUCUAUCACAAAUCGCUGGGAAGUUCGCCUCGUUGCCAGCCGCCUACCAUAGCUGUUGACGUCUGUCACGAAACUGCUGUUGAUCCUCCUGCUUUUAUCAGACAAACGAGACAAAGGUAA